ACAGCGCACAUGGGGGUUGAGUAAAAAAAAAAAAAGGUGGAAGCCACGUUGACACAAGAAGUGGGUAUUUUUUCGUGUCCCGAGAAAUAAAGGUCACGUCGACAAUUGUCUCUUCAUCUGUAACGUCAACAGUCGUGAACGCCACAUCAUUUGUCAGGAUGAGCGUUGGAUUCAUUGGAGCAGGCCAGCUGGCUCAUGCACUUGUGAAAGGUUUCACUGCCGCAGGUGUGAUCGCAGCCCACAGGAUCACAGCCAGCUCCCCAGACACAGACCUGCCCACAGUGACGGGGCUGAGGAAAAUGGGGGUGAAUCUGACCACGAGCAACAAAGAAACGGUCAACAGGAGCGACGUUCUGUUUCUGGCUGUGAAGCCCCACAUCAUCCCCUUUGUCCUGGACGAGAUCGGACCGGACAUCGAAGACCGCCAUCUCAUCGUCUCCUGCGCUGCAGGCGUUACCAUCAGCUCCAUAGAGAAAAAGCUGCUGCAGCACCGUUCGGCUCCCAGAGUCAUGAGGUGUAUGACCAACACUCCUGUCGUGGUGCGAGAGGGCGCCACCGUGUACGCCACGGGAACGCAUGCAGAGGUGGAGGAUGGGAAGCUGCUGGAGCAGCUGAUGGCCAGUGUUGGGUUCUGCACAGAGGUGGAGGAGGACCUGAUUGAUGCCGUGACUGGACUGAGUGGCAGUGGACCCGCCUACGCCUUCACAGCCCUGGACGCUCUUGCAGACGGAGGAGUGAAGAUGGGUCUGCCCCGGAGGCUCGCCGUCAGACUCGGAGCUCAGGCUCUCUUGGGAGCAGCCAAGAUGCUGCUGGACUCUGAGCAGCACCCCGGCCAGCUGAAGGACAACGUCUGCUCACCAGGGGGCGCCACCAUCCACGCCCUGCACUUCUUGGAGAGCGGUGGCUUCAGAAGCCUCCUGAUCAACGCGGUGGAGGCUUCAUGCAUCAGGACCAGGGAGCUGCAGUUCCUUGCGGACCAAGAGCGCAUCUCUCCGGCAGCCAUUAAGAAAACCACCCUGGACAAAGUGUUGCAGCAACCCGGAGUCGCAGUCGGCGGAGACGCCGGCGGGAACGGCCGGUCGGGCCUCAACCUCUUCAACAACCGCACAUCUGGGAUCAAAAAGAAGAACUGAGAGCAGAGAGACGCCGAGAGACAGACAUGCUGCAGGUUCACGCCUAAACAGGCAGACUCACAAACGGGUCUCCAAGCCCCGUCCAACCGUAGGAUUUAAACUGGACUCAGGACUGCUUUGAAAACAGCCAACAGAUCCAUUUCUGGUGUUAUUUAUUCAUACGAGAGCCAGGAACACAUACAUUUCACACAGGCACAGGAGUAUUCUGCACAGCUGGCGCCUCCUACUGUGACUAUACAUGAACACAAGUCCAGUUGCAGUGCUUCUCAAUUCCAGUCCUCAGCCCCCCCUACUCUGCAUGUUUUAAAUGUACCUCUACUCCAGAGCAGCUGAUUCAAAUGAUUUCAUGACCAUCAAGUGCUGCAGAAGCCUGUUAAUUACCCACAUAUUCAAUACAGGUGUGUGGCAGAAGGGAAACACCUAAAAGAUGCAGGGCAGGGGGGGCGUGAGGACCGGUAUUGAGAAACACUGAGUUAGAGGAACCAGAAGAAUCAGCUGUCUUACAGCCUUAUACUUCCAUCAUGUUCCACAUUAACUCCAGAUUUUUACUUUUGGCAUAAAGUUAACAGAGACUGAACACGUUUUGAUCAUCCAAUGAUAUGUCAGGGAUUUUGUCCCCUGUAGAAAAACAAAACAAACAGAUGUUUUUUUUCUGUCAUGUAACACUAAUUUUGUCAUCCUAUGAUUUCUCUGAAAGCCCAAAGAGAAUUUUUAUGUUUUCUUUUCAGCAAAUGUGAUGUAAUUACCUAUAAGUGCUACAAUAAAGCUUAAAUAAGGUAAAUUUAAAA